GUUGCAACCAAAAAAGAGGAAGACUCUCGCCCUCUUCUUGAGACUAUUUUAAAUGAUCUCCUUUCUGUUUCGACCUUUGCCCCGGUUGAAUGGCCCGUCGCUACAAGCCUACUCAGUGUAUUAGGUUGUGUGCUCACUCAACAACUCAAUGGUACUAGCAGCUCCUCCAGUAGCUCCAAAGGAAGCACACUUUCCACUGAUUCAUUAUCACAGCAAAAUUCCGCCAAGGCAACCGAGCAAAAUAUUCGUAUCGUCGCCAUGGAUAUAAUUACAAUGCUAUCACUUGGACUAAAGCAUCGCGAAUCCAUCUUAGACUCAAUUGCUGCUAAGCAAAGAAUU